AUGGCUCCAGUCGCAAAACAGGUAAGUUUCUUCACAGUCAUUUUCUUGUCUACCUUUACAGACUAUGAUGUGGACCGUGGACGGGACCUUGAUAUUUUUGAUAUUAAUGAAGAGGCAGGGUUGAAUCUCAUAGAGGGUGACAUUGUGCUUGAUGAGAGGCAAACUCGAAAUUCCAUAAUAGGGGAUGAGUACAGGUGGCCGAAGACAAUUCCAUACUACAUGGAAGAUGACUUGGAGAUCAAUGCGAAAGGUGUGAUCCUGAAGGCCUUUGAGCAGUACCGGCUCAAGACCUGCAUUGACUUCAAGCCUUGGACCGGAGAAGCAAACUAUAUUUCCAUAUUUAAAGGGGCCGGCUGUUUCUCCUCUGUUGGAAACCAGCGAGCUGGGAAGCAGGUAUUGUCGAUAGGGACGAACUGUGACCGCAUCGCCACAAUUGAACACGAGUUCCUUCAUGCACUUGGGUUUUGGCAUGAGCAGUCCAGAGCAGAUCGUGAUGAUUAUGUCAGAAUCAUGUGGGACCGCAUCUCAGAAGGUAGAAAACACAACUUCAACAUGUACAAUGACACCACAUCCAGCUCUUUAGGCGUACCCUAUGACUAUGGAUCAAUGAUGCACUACAGUAAGGAUGCCUUUAAAAACGGCACUGAGCCCACCAUUGUCACCAAGAUCCCUGCUUUCCUUGAUGUCAUCGGGCAGCGUAUGGAGUUCAGUGAUAGCGACCUGCUCAAGCUACAUCGCCUAUAUAACUGCACCCAGGGCUCCACUUUCCUGGACUCCUGUGACUUUGAGCGUGAGAACAUCUGUGGUAUGAUCCAGGGACAAGGGGAUAAAGCAGACUGGGUCAGGGUUCCUAGAGCUGUUGGAGGGCCUGACACCGACUACUCCAACAUGGGCAAAUGCAAUGGCUCGGGGUAUUUCAUGCACUUCAGCACUGGUGACGCUAACACUGGGGACACAGCUCUGCUUGAGAGCAGGCUCCUUUACCCCAAAAGAGGUUACCAGUGUCUGCAGUUCUUCUUUUACAACAGCGCCAACCUCAGCGACACCCUGAAGAUCUAUGUCCGAGAGUAUGACAGCGCCAACCCCAAUGGAACACUGCGCUUUAUAAAGACCAUAGAUGGAUCCCCUCAGGAGCUUUGGCAACUGCAUCAUGUAACUCUAGACGUCAAGACAAAAUUCCGCGUUGUCUUUCAAGGGACCAAGCGGAGCUCUGAGCCCUCGACAGGGGGACUGUCCCUGGAUGACAUCAACAUUUCUGAGACAACCUGCCCAGAGUUUGUGUGGCGUGUGAAGAACUUCAGGCAUCUUAUGGAAAACACCACCACAAACACAUCUAUCUUCAGCCCUCCAUUCACCUCAAAGGAGGGUUACACCUUCCAAAUGGAGCUGUACCCAAGUGGUAAGGCAGGCUACGAUGGUGAAUUGUCAGCCUUUGCUCAUCUGGUUGCCCGUGAAGGGGACACUGGGCAGAAAUGGCCAUGCCCCUGGAAACAGAUAACCAUGAUGCUGAUGGAUCAGCACCCACACAUCCAAAAGCGUAUGUCCAAUCAGCGCAGUGUCACCACUGACCCCACCAUGAAGGCAGCAGAUUCCGACCAUUAUUUCUGGGAUGAUCCUCGUAAGGUGGGCUCUGAGGUCAAGGAUGAAGAUGGAUCCAAGUAUUUCAGAGGGCCGGGCGCUGGCACUGCAGUGUACCUUACCCACCUCAGAGCCAAGAGCAGGGAUUUUAUUAAGGGAGGAGAUGCCAUCUUUCUCCUCACAAUGGAAGAUGUGUAUAAUCUAACGCUGACCCAGCCAGUGCCUCCCACGACCCGGCCAGUGCCUCCCACAACCCAACAUCCUAACACCACCCCUGCACCCCCUGUCUGCCUCAAUGUGAUGUGUCAGAAUGAUGGCGUCUGCGUGGAGGAUCAAGGAAAAGCCGCUUGCAGGUGUGUGGUGGGUGAUGACUGGUGGCACUAUGGGGACAGCUGUCAAUACAAGGGCUCUGACAUGGAUAAAACUACCCUCGCACUUGCCACCUCUCUGUCAGUACUGGGAGUAAUGUUGGUGAUUACAGUAGUCAGUGUUAUCUGUGUGAAGAAGAAGUAUAAGAAACGCAAUAGGGACAGUAAUACAGUCAUGGAAAACAUUCAUGCCACAUGGUAGAAGACCCUCAACCUUUUCAUAACAACUUAGUGAACAGAAGAAAACAAGGGGAAAAGAUCAAAUUUAUUUAGGUUAAAUCAGUAUUAUUUUUGUAAUUGAAUUGUUAUGCUAAAAUCUUGUAGGGCAAGCAUUGGAUUGAACUUGUCUUAUGUUGUACGGUAUGAGAUAGCCCACCUCUGGUCAUUAAAUGUAAAAACACUACAGCAAGAUGAGAAUUUUGUGUUAAAUAAAUUAGUUUGAAAUUAA